AUGGCGACGGUGAAGACCUGUCUCUCCUCUCGCUCCUCUGUAUCCCAUCCCUCUGGUGACCGCCGGCUUCAGACACGGCGCAGAAGAAAGGACUCUGGCGGCGAUGUCCGCGAGGUGGGAGAGGAGGUGACUAGGACGUGGGGUUGGUGUGGUCCCUGGAGGGGGGGGGGCUUUCGAGUGCGGACAGCCCGGCUUCACCUCUCAGUGACCGUCACCGUGGGGCUCCAGGGGGUGAGGGAGGGUCGGGCUCUCGGAGGACGGGUGUUUGACAAAACGCCCGCGGACUGUGUAGGGCCUGUGUUUCCUGUCCAAGAUGGCCGACGUCAGGGCGAGGAGACGGGCCCCCGGGCGGCCUCCAAGACCCGGCUGCAUUAUUAA